AUGAAUAAUUCAACGGGCUGUCCGGCCAGCGCAACAGUGUGCAGUGGCACAUCCUGUGUGGUAACUAAGAAAAACUUCAAUGAGGUUCUCAGUGUGGUACUGAGUACUGUCUUGACCAUCCUCUUGGCUAUGGUGAUGUUCUCCAUGGGAUGCAAUGUGGAAAUCAAGAAAUUCCUAGGACACAUAAAGCGCCCAUGGGGCAUAUGUGUUGGCUUCCUCUGUCAGUUUGGAAUCAUGCCCCUCACAGGAUUCAUCCUGUCAGUGGCCUUCGACGUCGUCCCCCUCCAAGCCGUAGUGGUGCUCAUCAUGGGGUGCUGUCCCGGAGGAACCGCCUCCAAUAUCUUGGCCUAUUGGGUUGAUGGCGACAUGGACUUGAGCGUCAGCAUGACGACAUGCUCCACGCUGCUUGCCCUGGGAAUGAUGCCGCUGUGCCUCUUUAUCUAUACCAAAAUGUGGGUCGACACUGGGACGAUCAUCAUCCCCUUUAAUAACAUAGGUACAUCUUUGGUCGCUCUUGUUGUUCCUAUUUCCGUUGGAAUGUUUGUUAAUCACAAAUGGCCCCAAAAAGCCAAGCUCAUACUUAAGGUUGGGUCCAUCACGGGCGCAUUCCUCAUCGUGCUCGUAGCUGUGGUCGGAGGAAUCCUAUACCAGAGUGCCUGGAUCAUUGCUCCCAAACUGUGGAUCAUAGGAACACUAUUUCCUUUGGCCGGAUACUCUCUAGGGUUUUUACUGGCCAUAAUAGCUGGUCAAUCCUGGCACAGGUGCCGAACAGUUGCUCUGGAAACGGGGAUGCAGAACACUCAGCUAUGCUCCACCAUCGUGCAGCUCUCCUUCACCCAGGAAGAGCUCAACCUCGUGUUCACCUUCCCGCUCAUCUACAGCAUCUUCCAGCUGGUGUUUGGAGCAAUAUUCGUAGGAAUGUACGUGGCAUACAAGAAAUGUUAUGGAAAAAACAAUGUGGAAUUUCCAGAAGACAAUGAAGCAGUCUCUGAGUCAUCGCUCCAUAAGGUGAAUGAAGGAUUUCAACCAGAUGGAAGGUAG